AGCAGCAGAGGAGGCCUGCUGACAGGAACGACCUACGGUGACUGACGACCCCUGUCUGUCGGAAACACCUUCAUUCAGUACAAGUACAACAACAUCCCCAGCAAAGAGUCUGAUGCCACAGCUGUUUACAUUCAGCCAUCCGUUUCAGCCGGUGGCGUGGCCAUCUUACAGUUCGCCCCUGGGUCAGACUGGUUUGGUGACAGGACAGAGGGGGCUUGAAGAAGGGCUUGUCUAAUAGGCGGCGUUGACCUUCAUGCUGAAAGCUCAAUCGUUUUGAGGGUGUUGCCCGAUGGAUCAUGGUGGUGAGUGUCUAAAUUUCACUAAAGCGGAACACAUAAUAUCAUCUCGACAUAUGCCAGCUUGCGAGGGAGGACAGAGUAAUGUCACAAGUUCAGGUGGGAGAGGUUGACCUCUGUGAUAACCUUCCUAAAUCUGAAGAUCUCACUGCCCAAACUCGAAAUCUCAACGAGACAAACACACUCACACAGAGACAAAAUGAAGAGGAAGGAGGGCUCAUACAAAAAGCCUCAGUCAACAACAAUGGGAAGGACGUGGAAGAGGAGCAGGGAAAGGCAGCAUGCACAGAAAGAGGUAGAGAGGAUGAGGAAGAAGACAUUGAUGAGGUGAUGAAGGAUGAAGAAGACGAGGAAGAGUCAGAGGAAUCAAGCUGUCUAAUGCGCUGCCAGUCUCCAGACACUCCCAUGACUGAUUCCUCCUAUUCAGAAACAGGCAGUCUGCUGGAGACUCCAUAUCCCUUCAGCCCUGGGACCAGUCCAGAGCCUACAUCCCCUUUAGUGGUCAGUCCAGAGACCAUCAGUGGAGUGGAUCAGGGCCAGGAUGAUAUCAAAGGGGACUCUCAUAACUCUGAAUCAGUUGCCUCCACUACAGGGUCCAAUACACUGGCACCCACCUUCACCACGGGGCCUAUUAAUUCUACUACACCUACUUUAACCUCAGGCACCUUCCCACCUGGGACUACGUGUAUCACAGAAGCUGCAGACAGAAUAGCAAAAAAUACUGACUUCCCUACAGAACAUCUUACCUCAGAGCCAUUUACAGGAACUACUUGCACUACGAGGAAUAAUACUUCCAUUGCUUCCACCCCUCUGAGUUCAACCACGGGACCCCUUACCACACGGCCUACGACUGCAGGCCCAGAAUCCACUACCACCACAGGACCUUUGACCUCCAGUUGGAAACACAUUACCUCCACACCAGUGCCCACUUGUCUGUCAGACUCCACCUGUGCCACAGGGCCUAUUCUGAGCUCUGCACUGCUGAAGUCUCUGGAGGAGUUGGCACAAAGAGGAGAUGACACCCACCUUCCACAGUACCUUCACCAGAUUGCCGAGACCUUUGUCUUUCACAAAGACUACCAGCGGGCAUUAUGGUGCAUUCAACUAGAGAGACUCUAUCACCAGAGAGUAUUGGACAACUUGAAUGCACUCCAAGGGCAGUGGGAGAGUCAGUGUAGAAGUUCUUCCUCCGACCUGGAAACCCAACAUCUGGACACUCUUAAAAACAUCUGCCAGACACACAGUCGACCAGGAGCUACAGAUGCUGGGUGUGCAUCUCUGAAACCUUUGAGGCCUACCUUUGAACAAAGUGCUGUGCUGCCUUCAAGUACCUCAGUCCAUCAAGUUGAUGAAUGGAUGGAGCCGAGAGGCCAUGACUCCUCCUCCCCUCAGAGCAGCUCUCCGGUCGUCCCCUCCAUUAAUUUGACGGAUCACCUCGAUUCCCCUGAGAUCUCAGGAAGAGAGAGGGAAGACCUGAACAGGGAAGCAUGUUUUCAUGGAGAUCAGCUGACCGUCAAGCAAGGCAGCGACGGUGAGGUAGGAGAGGCAGAAGGAGGGGUAGAACAGACCACGUCAGUCAUUGGAAAUGGACUACACCCCUCUACAGAUGGAGAAAUGGAUCAGUCCAAGCCUGCAGAGCAGCAGGGAGGAGAUUUAGGUCCCGCACAGGAAAGGGAAGCAAAAAAGGACGAAGAGGAGAGUGACCUGGAGAAGGAAGCCGAGGUCUUAGCGAUGGAGGAGGAGGGAGAGGAAGAAGAGGAGGAGGAGAGGCAGAAGAAAAGAGACGCUCCUUGGUGUCAGGAAGCGCUCCCAGUGGAGACUCUGGUCAGUGGGGCAGAGGUGGAGCUACAGCAGGAAGCCCGCGCUGAGGAGCAGCUGCGCGAGGAGACCCAGGAGAGCACUCAAACCGGCCUGCCCCAGGAGGCCCGCCUCCCUCAAGGGGAUCGUAUGGAGCAGCAGGAGCAGGCUGAGGAGGAGGAGGAGGAGGAGGAGGAGGAGUACGAAGAGGAGGAGUACGAAGUGGAGCAAAUUAAAAUCAUCAGUGAAGCUGCCUCACUGGACGACAUGGCUAAACUCAUCACUGUACAGCAGGCGUCUCCUGCCUCUGGCCUGGUGUCCAUAUUAAAGAGGCGCCCUGUGUGUCUGGGAGACGUGAGUGUGAUCGGCUCAGAGCCCCGACCGGACAAAACCCCGGCCAAAAGACGCGUCCGCUUCAAAGUCCCCGAUGAUGGCUGUGAACAAGAUGUUGGCGGUGGAGACUCCUGCCUGCUGCUGUUCCUGCUUUGUUUUGUUACCGUAGUGAUCAGUGUGGGUGGCACCGCCCUUUACUGUGCUCUGGGCGACGCCCACUCCUCCGUCUGUCAGGACUUCUCCAGGAACGCAGACUUCUACGUCGCCCAGCUGCAGAGCGGGAUAUCUCAGAUCCAGCAUUGGUUGGCCCCCGGGUCAUAGCAGCAAACAGCUAGUCAACAUUAAGGAGCAGCAGGUCUCACUGUGGAUCUCUGGGGGUCCAGAAGCCCCUGCUGCUUCCUGGGACGAUGUUUUAUGAGGUCAGGGAGCCAGGCAGCUGCCACAGUCCCUGGCGCUGUGUGGAGCUAGCUGGUUGGCUAAUAUUACAUCACAUAUUGGCAUUUUUAAGCCUGCUCUACUUCGUUUUGAAUACUCUUUGAAUACAAUCCCCGGGUUCGUUGAGCCUAAAAGUCUUAGGUGAGAUUUUUCUUUACCACCGGACUUUGAGAGUUAAAGUAGGGCAGAAGGAGAAAGAGGAGAACGGAGAGUGCUUUACAGAAGAGGAGGAACUGACCUGCACGCCUCUCAACGCUGUCCACAUUAAAAAGGUUAUUCAUUCUCGAGCUAAGUUUAGACAUUCAAGUGUCCUAUUGAACUAAGGUAACACGUGACACCUACGCUUCUAAGGUCACUGGUAGUGAAAUCUACCAUGACUGGAUACAAACUUUCACCGACUUCUCCAAGACUCAUCUCCCUCAGUUAAGAAGAAUAACAAAGUAAAUAAGCUGCAAUCCAGGGUGAUGUUUAAAAAAAAAAGUAUAUAUAAUAUAAAAGUAUAUAUAAUGUACAGUUUGUUAACUGGGGGCUCAGAGAUGUUCUACACACACUGCACAAUGGGAAUGGCCCAAUGGGCAUUUUACAAACCUUUGCAGCCACUAGUGUUGCUUUUUAUUGUUGACUUUUUUAAUUCACACAUUUUCAAAUGAACAAAGCAUUUUGUGGUCUACUACUUGGAAUGAAAUCAUUAUGUCUUAAUCAAUCUGAAUGAAUGUUUGGAUUUGUAAUGUUAGACUUUGAUUUGUGUCACCUGUAGGGCAUUUAUGUAUUAUUCACAUUGGACAUGGGUCUCCUGUCUCCUGUACUGUUCUUUCUGCAGUGUGCUGACAUGGCUGCCAUGGAGACUCAAAGUCCAAACUGUACGUUUAUGGGUUUCAAUGAGCUAUUCUUAACUUGAUGUAGCAUAUGCAACAUGUACAGGAACACACUGCACCUCUGUAUAUACUGUCAGAAGAAUGUUUAACAUGUUGCACAUAAUACUGGUACGAUUAAUAAAAAAAAAAAAAAAAA